AUGGCGUCAAAGGCAGUGCACAUCGUGGCCAUCAUCUCGCCCCAGCCAGGCAAACACGACGAGGUCGCCCGGAUCCUAGCAGAGGCCGCCGAGAAGGUCGAGGCCAACGAGCCCGGCGCCCUGACCUACUACGGCCUGCUGGAGAAGAAGUCCAAGGAGAUCAUCGUCGUCGAGAAGUACGUCGAUAUGGACGCCGUCAAGGUCCACGGCGGCUCUGAGCACUUCAAGGCCUGGUCGAGGGCGGUUGCGCCGCUGCUCGCUGGCCCGCCGGUGAUCAAGUACGCCAGCCAGAUCGGAGGAUUCGAGUCCAGGUCGAAGCUAUAA